UCCUCCGGAUAGGAAGGCGCAUCCCGGAUAGCUAGCUGGCUAGCUGUACUCGGCAUAACGAUGGCAGUUAAUCUCAGCAAAAAUGGGCCCGCGUUAACAGCCGCGUUCAAAGAGGUGGUCGACGAGAAGUCCAACACCAACUGGGCCUUGUUUACCUACGAGGGAAACAGUAAUGACAUCCGCCUGGCAGCAAAGGGAGAUGGAGGACUGGAGGAGUUGGUUGAAGAGUUAAACAGUGGAAAAAUGAUGUAUGCUUUCUGCCUGGUCCAGGAUCCAAAUUCUGGCCUGCCUAAAUAUGUCCUCAUCAACUGGACUGGAGAAGGAGUGAAGGACUCCAGGAAAGGACAAUGUGCAAAUCAUGUCAGCUCCAUGGCCAACUUUCUUCGGGGGGCCCAUGUCACAAUAAACGCCAGAGGAGAUGAAGACGUGGAGCCCGAGGUGAUCAGAGAAAAGGUGGCCAAAGCCUCUGGAGCCAACUACAACUUCCACAAAGAAGCUUCCAACCGCUUCCAGGACAGCGGUCCUCAGGGUCCCGUGGGUUCAGUGUACCAAAAGACCAACGCCAUGUCUGAAAUCAGAAAGACCAACAAAGACAACUUCUGGGCUCAAGCGGAGAAAGAAGAGGAGAAACGUCGCCUGGCGGAGCGGAGCAAGGCCGACGACGAGCGCCAGCACCUGGAUAAGGAGACGAAGGACAGAGAGGCCAAGGAGGCGGUGCAGAGGGACCAACGGGACAAGGAGAGAGCCUCUCAAAUCGACCAGCAGAAGAAGUACCAGCAGAAGCAGGACGCCGAGCCCAAAGAGCAGGAGAAACGCUCGGAGGAGCAGCAGGAGGAGGAGCCGGCCCCCCGGAAGAAAGCAGUCAAGAGAGGUGAAUCUGUGGAAAAGGCCAAUGAGGCGGCUUCUCUCAUCUCUCAGCGCGCUAUGAACCCCAGAGAGAUGUUCAAGCAGCGAGAGAGGGGGAUAACUCCCAGCGACUCUGACGUUUCCUCUGCUGCCCCCGACGUCCUCCAGCCAGGGCGCCUGCAAAGCCCUUUUCUGUCAAAGCCGGCGUAUGAGAGUGAGCGAGCCAGUUCACCUCAGCGCCAAGCGUCUCCUGUGCCAGCAGGCUCCGCCUCUCCUGUCCGAGCCACAGAGCCUGAUGUGGAUGAUGGACAGUCCAGGUGUGAGUAUGAUGAGCAGGAUGCGGCCCCCCAGGAGCAAUGUGAAGAGAAGACACUGGCUGCCACCGCCUCCGUCCAAGAGACGGCUUAUGAAGAGCCUCCUCAGGUAGAGGAGAGUCACUCUUAUGAGGCGACUGCUCAGGAGGCACCAGAGGCGACACCAAGCAAAGGCAUAUGUGCCAGAGCCUUGUACGACUACCAGGCUGCUGACGAAACCGAGGUCUCGUUCGAUCCCGACAACAUCAUCACCGGCAUCGAGAUGAUCGACGAGGGCUGGUGGCGGGGCUACAGCCCAGACGGCCACUUUGGAAUGUUCCCAGCCAAUUACGUGGAGCUCAUCUAGCGACCCCCCCACCCCCAGAAGACGUCUGCAGUCAACGGUCAGUCCUCGCACACCAGUGAGCUGAUCCGGCUAAAACGGAGUAAACGUCGCUCCACACCACGGACCAACAAACGGAUCGGCCAGAAGCUUUAGAAAUCGCUCGUCUUUAAGAAAGAAAUUAUAUUAAAUUGUUGAUGUGAGCAACGGAUGGCUUAAUUAAGGGAUUUGUGAGGACACAGUCCAAUGCUCCCCCCCCCCCCCCCCCUAAUGACAUCUCUUUUCCUAUAAAUGUGAUGCCGUACACAACUAGCCUUUGUCAAGUCUUUAAUUCAGUAGUAGCAGCACUUCUAGUUCACAUUCCUUACUAAGUGACUUCAGUUCUAUUUCAGGUAUAAUUUCGUCGUUACUUGUAGCAAAUGCUCCCGUACGUUUCAGGGAAGAAGAAGAAAAAAAAUCAAAGAUGGCGGUACCAGCUGCAGUAUAAUCCUUUGCCUUGUUUUUGCCUUUCUUUACCGGCAGACUGAACUUUCCUUUUUUUUUUUUCUGUGAUUGAUCCUGUGUGGUUUUCAGACCAUGUUUUAGUACUGAUGUCGCUGUGGUUAAAGUGAAUAUUUAAAAAACAAAUCAGAUUGUGUUUGCUGUGCUUUGGGUCAAUUCAGUGGGGAAUGCAUCAAACCGUUCAGUUCCCUUUUCCACUGACUUUUUAUUGUUUUCAUUCCUUCGUCAUCUGAACCAGAUUAUUUCAACAUAUUUAACUUUUCAGGGACAAAGCUAGAGAGAAUAAAACAAAGUCAGCAUUUUUUUUUCUUUGUGUGGAUCUCGCUGGUCUGAGGUUGAAUUUGAGUGCAUUACACAUCUCUAAUAAGUAAUUUGCGAUGUUACGGUGCCAUAAUGACGGGAAGUGAAUGCAGUAAAAUGUCAAUAAAAAAUGUGUAUGUUCAGUUUUUAUCACAGAACAAAAUUAUUGCUCUUUUAAGCUUUGAGAUUAGACUAUAAAAGGAAAUAUGAAUUAUGAGUAGGAAAGAGUAUCAUGUAUCCCCUGCAUUGUUUGUUUCCCCAGAGUUUAUUGUAAUGCACAAACAUUCUUCAUAAUAAAAUAAAUAACCAAA